AUGGGACGGUGGCAUACUCCCUCUAUUUAUAAAGUGAAGUAUCAAUCAACACCUCAUUUUGCAACAAAUAUGUUUCACCAAGCAAACCUUAUGAAUCAAAAUGAUGAUUCACCAAGCAAAACAAUCACAAUUAAUUUUCCACUGGUAUUGAGUUGUCGUCCAAAACGCAGACUCGACGUUCUCUAUAAAGUUGACUUCGGCUUUAUGUUCUAUCUCAAUUUGAGACUCCAGAACCAAGGCGACGACUCUGAAGAAGAAGAAGAAGAAAAAAUCAAAGAAACGUUCUUCAUCUCCCAUGGAAGCCCAAGAUUGACAGAAGACAAAUCACAUCCACUCAAUAAAUUUCUGGGUUAUGUCUUGAAGUACCCAGCUCCAGGGAGUCCAGAUCUGGCAAAGAGAGUAAAAGAAGUGUCAGUGAAAGCAGGGUUCACAUGUGUGCACAUUGACGAAGAACGUGGGCUUGAUCAUGCAACAUGGGUACCUUUAAUGCUCAUGUAUCCUGAAGCAGACAUCCCUGUUUGUCAACUCUCCAUUCAACCACACUUGGAUGGAACUCAUCAUUUUAACCUGGGACGAGCCUUGGCUCCUCUUCAAGAUGAAGGCGUACUCAUUCUUGGUGCGGGAAGUGCAACACACCCUUUAUGGGAUACCCCUCAAUUUAAUCACGGUGUUGCUCCUUGGGCUGCUCAGUUUGAUUCUUGGCUUCAAACAACUCUCCUUAAUGGAAGGUAUUUUCUCUUUUUUUACUUUUUACUUUGUUCAUUUAACUAAAAAAAAAAAGUUUGGUGACAAAUAUAAAGCUUUUGUCUCUGAGUCUGGUGAGAAAACUAGCGACUUUUAGUAAUCACGAGUUCAAAUCCCAUCAACCCAUCAUUAUUUCAAGUAUAAUAUUUACGGUUAUAUAAUAUAAGGACACAUUUUGCAUCUACACUUCCAGUUUCACUUCAAAUAAUUAUUGAUAUGACGACUCUUGUUUUGAUGGCAACCAAGUUGGGACUCCCCAUUUUUCCCAAGAGUUUUGAAUGCAACAAGGGCUUCUAGUCCCUAUCUGGUCGCCAACUCUGGUUUCCUAACUAUCAUGGCUCAUGCAACUUCUUUUUUAAUCGCUAACCUUAUUUUUUCUGUAGUGUUUUGCCAGAAAAAUUCCUUGUGUUAAAAUUGUGAUAGAAUAUAUAACAUUUGAAAUUUUUGAAUUACGAAGAAUUAAUUCCUUGUGUUAGUUGACGUUAAGUGUUAUUGUAUGACCAUUUUAUGUGUUUAAACUUUAAACUAUAAAGCGUUUAAAUACAUGGGAUGUAGUUGUUGAGUAAUAUUGU